UCCUCUCCUUGCUCUCUCUUCCCUCACUAUCCAUGGAGGGUUUAAGGAUUUGAGCUUACUCUCUCUCUCUCUCUCUCUCUCUCUCUUAAAAUGGCGCAGACUCCAUACUCCCUGCUCCUCCUCAAACGCCUCUCUCGCUGCUUCCCAAACCCUAAACCCCCUCCAUCUCUCCUCUCUCUCCUAAAACCAUUCUCCACCUCCCCGACCCCAACCUCCUCCCCGGACCCAAAACCCUCCUCCCUUUCCGCCCGCCUGAGCUUCGUCUUCGACCAAAUUGACGCCAUCGAGAAAGCACGCUCUGAGAAGGAUCAGACCCUCCAGAAAAUCAGAGCUUGGCGCGAAUCGAAAAAAUCCCAAAUUGACCCGGAAUUAGGGUUGAGAGUUGCCAAUCACAGUGGAAUUGAUGAUAAUUUGGUUGAUUCUGUAUCUGUUUUGGCCGGGUCGGAGAGGCUGGAGAAGCCGGUGGCGGCUAAGAAGGAGGUGGAGGUGGUACAUCCGUGGCCAGAGUGGAUUGAACUGAUGGAGAGGCUGGUACAGCAGAAUUACUUUGAUCAUAGGAGGGUGGACGAGGACAGAAUGGUCCAAGAUAUCGGCUUUGAUCCAACUGAAUAUGCUUUGGCGGCAGAGGAGGAUGCCCCAGGUAUUGAUUUCAAAGAUUUCAAGGCUGUUCACACAGCGUGUCUUAAUUUCGGGAAGGACCGAUUCGAUAUCAUAAGGUCCUUGUCGAGACAGGAUAUUCAAGUUUUGGUGGGUUUUGGAUGCCCGAGUACGGACAAGAAGGUGGUUUUCUCUUCAAAACUAUUAAGGAAGCAUACCCACCUUGAUGAAGGAGAUGUUUGCAGUUCCUGUAGUUUAAGGAGUUCUUGUGAAAGAGCAUAUCUGAUUACUAACAAAGAGGACGAGGCACGGACUAUUGAUGUAAUGCGUGUUUUAUUGACUUAUGGAUUUGAUCCUGUUAAUGGAUCAGUGGCCAAUAAGUCACUUCUGAAACAAAAAUCUGUUAAGACCGUGGUCCGUAAGUUGCUUCAUCAGGUUGUCAAGCUGAGUGCAGUUCCAAUCGAUCCUAAUCUUCCACCUCCAGUAAUCAAAAAGCCACCACCAAAAGUAAAGCAGCCUCCUCCGCCUCCAAGAAGACGAGUUGGACGGGAUGACAUUGAGAUGAAAAAAGGGGACUGGCUAUGCUCGAAGUGUGACUUCAUGAAUUUUGCCAAGAACAACAUCUGCCUUCAAUGUGAUGCCAAACGUCCCAAGAGACAACUGCUUCCAGGAGAAUGGGAAUGCCCUGGGUGCAACUUCUUAAAUUACAGGAGAAAUAUGGCAUGUUUUCAUUGUGAUUGCAAGCGUCCACCGGAUGAAUACCUGGAGAACAAAGUGCAAGAAGUGAAACGUGGCCCUAGGACAAGAAUGGAGAAGACGGCUGUUCUUCAUGGGGAUGCUAAUGCCUGGAAUUUUGAUUUUGAUGACAAUGAGUCAGAUGGAGCAGAUGUUGCUGCUUUUGAGUAUGCAGAUUCUUCUGUUAGGGAUGAAAAUUCUCUUGGUAACCAGGCUCAAGGACAAGAUUUUGGACACCGUGAAUACAAUUUGAGUAAAGAUAGCAGAGUACCAAGGGUCAACAAUGAAGAAUACUCCGAUGCUGAUACUAUUAGGCCAGGGAGAGGGUUUGAUGAUUUUGAUGAUGAAGAUGAUGAUGUUGACAAUUACGAGUUAGACACUCGCAAUAAAACUUCAGCACAGGAUGCUUCAAUUGAUUUUUCUGAGUUUGAAGGGCCCGAAACAGAAGACAUUGAAAAUUCUGACAAUAGCUUGCAAGGUCGUCAAAGAAAAAAAUCGCCAUACAAUAAGCCAUCUAAGCCUACACGUCAAGGGGCAGCAUUCUCUGUUUCGGAUGAUGAUGAACUUGAUGUAGAUUUUGACAAAGAGCUUUCAGUCCAUCCCAACUGGAAAUCUAGUCAUGUUGCUGAUUCUAGAUCAAAAGGCAGGGGUAGAACUAAACCUGGUCCAUCCAAGAGAUUAAGCUUCGGUUCUGAUGAUGAACUUGGGCUGUCGGAUGAUGAUCUAGAUCAAAACUUUGGAGCCAGGCGAGGUAAAUCAAAUAAUUUGGAUUCUAAGAAAAAAGGUUUUCAGAGGAGAGGAAAUUUAGAUUUUGAAGAUGAUUCAGUUUCUGGUUCAGAAUCAGACAAUGAUUUUCAAUCUCAUAAAAAUAGGCCAAGAAGGAAUAAAGAAAACAAUUUCAAAGGUCGUGGCGGCCCUAACUUUACCAGAGAGACGCAAUUUGAAUCCAAUGGAAUGAAGGGUAGGAGAAACUCCUUCAACGAUGAUUUUGAUGGAUCAACACGAGGGUCUCGUAGUAAUAGUAGAGGGUUUCGAGGGAAUGAUUUUGAUGGGCCGAGAACGAGUAACAGAGGUAGUGAUACACGGAGAUUCAACGGUCCUAAAAGAGAAGGAUUUGGAAAGGGUGGUGGGAGGAACUCGUUCAAUGAUGAUUUUGAUAGAUCAGCACGAGGAUCUCGCGGCAGUAACAAAGAAUUUCGGGGGAACAAUUUUGAUGGGCAAAGAAUGAGUAACAGAGGGGCCGAUACACAUAAAUUUAAGGGACCUAGAAGAGAAGGAUUGGGAAAGCAGGAGCGUGGAAGGGUUAAUGACUAUGGGAGGGACAAGGACAGGGGGCCUGAAGAAUUUAGAAACAGCAGACGCGUUAUUGAAAGAUAGAUCCAUUUUCCAUGAUUGGAAUGGCAGUGCUUGGUUCGCUUUGCUGAGGCUUCGAUUGUUGGUUCCUCAGGCAAACGGUUGCAACUUAUACAGAUGGAAAGGAGUGCCAGCAAUCGAAGGUGGACAUUGGGUCAGUUUACAACUGGCAGCACAUACCGGAAUCAGGUUUACCUUUAAUCCAUGUAUCAGACGGAAUUCUCGAGUCUCUUCCCUCGAGCAGGGUUUCAAGUUGAGCUGUUCUGACAAUAAUCUUGUUUCGUACACUGAAUCAACGUUACUUCGAUCCAAGUUCUUCCGAUUUUAGUUUCUGAUUUUGUAAAUUUCAAUGGUAACUUCUGCAUCUUACUAUGGCAAGUUUUGCUUGCGGUUGGAAUUACUAGUAGGGGUGUUCAAGGUCUA